ACUCUCCUCCACAAUCCUCUUUCUGUCCCCUCUCUCCCUCUGUCACCUAAUUUGUCUCUACCGGAAUCCGGUUAAUCCAAACCGGACCAAUCUCCACCCGGUUUAAGAUCAAAUUAGGGUUUUCUCGGCGAUCAUGUCUGACGCGUAUUGUACGGAUUGCAAGAAGGAGACGGAGCUGGUGGUGGAUCACUCCGCCGGAGACACCCUCUGCUCCGAGUGCGGUUUGGUUUUGGAGUCGCACUCCAUUGAUGAGACGUCAGAGUGGCGUACCUUCGCGAACGAGUCUUCAAACGCUGAUCCGAACCGUGUCGGUGGUCCGACGAACCCUCUGUUAGCGGAUAGUGCGCUAACGACUGUUAUCGCGAAGACGAACGGUUCGUCGGGGGAUUUUUUGUCGAAUUCGCUAGGGAGGUGGCAGAAUCGUAACGGUAAUCCGGAGCGUGGGUUGAUGCAGGCUUUUAAGACCAUUGCUACCAUGUCUGACAGGUUGGGGCUUGUUGGAACUAUUAAGGAUCGGGCUAAUGAGAUAUUCAAGAGGCUGGAGGAUCAAAAGUCAACCAGGGGAAGAAACCAGGAUGCACUUUUGGCAGCUUGCUUGUACAUUUCCUGUAGACAAGAGGACAAGCCACGAACUAUUAAGGAAAUCUGCUCUGUUGCCAAUGGAGCAACAAAGAAGGAAAUGGGAAGAGCAAAAGACUACAUAGUUAAGACAUUGGGGCUGGAGACUGGUCACUCUGUUGAAAUGGGCGCUAUACACGCUGGUGAUUUCAUGAAAAGGUUCUGCUCUAACCUUGGAAUGUCUCAUCAAGCGGUUAGAGCUGCCGAGGAAGCUGUGAAAAAAUCUGAGGAAUUUGACAUUAGGAGGAGUCCAAUAUCAAUAGCAGCAGUAGUUAUCUAUAUCAUAACCCAGCUUUCUGAUGACAAGAAGCCUCUCAAAGAUAUAGCGAUAGCGACAGGAGUAGCAGAAGGGACAAUAAGAAACUCAUACAAAGACUUGUAUCCUCAUCUUCAAAAGAUAGCACCAAGUUGGUAUGCAAAGGAAGAGGAUCUUAAGAACCUCUCAAGUCCUUAA